AUUGUAAAACCAUCAAGAGAAAACAUUUCACAUCAAGUGCGACGACAGUCUGGGUACGCAACAUCUGAAAAUGGGACUAAGGGACGAACUCCUUAAGGCAAUAUGGCACGCAUUCACAGCCCUGGAUGUGGAUAAAAGUGGGAAAGUGUCUAAGUCACAGUUGAAGGUGCUUUCCCAUAACCUCUGCACAGUGAUGAAGAUCCCUCAUGAUCCUGUAGCUCUGGAGGAACACUUUAGAGAUGAUGAUGAAGGUCCUGUUUCCAAUCAGGGAUACAUGCCCUACCUGAACAGGUUCAUUCUGGAUAAGGUCCAGGACAACUUUGACCGAAUGGACUUUAACAGGAUGUGCUGGACUCUGUGUGCCAGAAAAAACCUCAACAGAAAUUACCUACUUAUCUCAAAUGAUGAUGCUUUUAAGAUCUGGUGCAUUUUCAACUUCCUGUCUGAGGAAAGAUAUCCCUUGGUCAUGGUCACAGAGGAGAUAGAGUACUUCCUUCGGAAGCUAACAGAAGCCAUGGGCAGCAUCUGGAUUGAAGAAAAGUUUGAAGAAUACAAGAUUCAGCUGAGUAGCAAACAGCAAUGCUUGAGUGUGUGGGAGCUGAUUGAACUGGUGGGCAUGGGCCAUUUUAGUAAGGGCAUGGAUCGCCAGACCCUUUCCAUGGGCAUCAAUGAAGUGUUUCAGGAACUUAUUCUGGAUGUACUCAAACAGGGUUACAUGAUGAAAAAGGGGCACAAAAGGAAGAACUGGACAGAACGAUGGUUCCUAUUGAAGCCAAGCUCAAUUUCAUACUACGUCAGUGAAGAUCUUACAGAGAAGAAAGGGGACAUACUAUUAGAUGAAAACUGUUGUGUUGAGUCAUUACCGGAUAAGGAAGGAAAAAAGUGCCUUUUCUACGUCAAGUGUUCUGACAAAAGUUAUGAAAUUAGUGCCUCAGAUAAGAAGAAAAAACAAGAGUGGAUUCAAGCUAUUCAGACAUGUAUCACACUGUUGAAGGUCGGGCGUCCGGCUCCACACCACGAGGCACAACAGAAACGACGAGAGUUGCGACAGAAACAACAGGCCGAGCAGGAAGAACUUGAGCUUAGGAUGAGAGAACUGCAGACAGCCAAUGAGAACAAACAGAGAGAGCUGGAGGCCUUGAGGAAGAAACUGGAGGAUGCAGCAGCCAAUGCAGCAGAAGAGGAACACAGACGUCUGCAGACCCACAACGAGCUGCAAGAUCUCUACAGGGUGGAAAUGGAGAAAGAGAAAAUGGUGCGGCAGCAAAUGGAAGAACAGGUGGCUCAAAAGUCCAGUGAGUUAGAGCAGUACCUGCAGCGUGUGCGUGAGCUGGAGAAUAUGUACCACCGCUUAGAGGAGGCACUGGAGGAGGAAAGACAGGCCAGGCAGGACGAGGAAGCAAUCAGAAAGCUACAGGCCAGGCUAUUGGAAGAGGAGGUAUCUAAACGUGCAGAGCUGGAGCAGAUACACCUGUAUCAACAGCAGACCAUUUCUCAGACGCAGGCAGAGAAACAGGAACUGGAACGAGAACGGCUUGCUAAGGAGAGCGCCUUGCAGGCUGCCAUGCAACAGCUGCAGCAGCUGGAGUCUGACAGGCAGGGUGCGCUGGAGCAAUAUGAGGAGGUGAUGAAGAAACUUGCAGAUGCUGCCAACAAUACAAAGAGCUGGAAGGACAAGGUGACACAGCAUGAGGGACUCAUAAGGCUCAUUCAACCAGGCCCCAAGUACCCUCAGAAAAUUACAAAUUGGGGACCUGCAUCAUUCACAGAGACAGAACUAAGUCUGAGAGAGAAAGACUGGCAGGAAAAGAAAACCAGGUCUGCUCCCACCCAGUAGUGCCUUAAAGUGUUCUCUUAAUGACACAGUACUGUUAAUAUAAUGUUUCUGUAGAUAUAGUGUAUACAUUGCCUCUGUGGGGUUAGUCUUUGGCCACACUAAAAGGAAAAUGUAGAAUGGCCUGCAUGACUUUACAUAGAGUAAAGUUUAGUUUCCUACCAUUCCAAUCUAUACUGUAACAUUCCAGUGUCAGUUUGCCAUUGCUAUUAAGUGAUUUUAUAAAAAACAUUUUUGUACAAUACUCUACAGUUUCUUAAUGUGUUCAUUUUGUUGCAUGCCACAAGUAAUGGCAUAUGUUUUUUCCCCCUGAUAGAUCAAGAGUUUUGAUUGAAACUUUACUGAUGUCAAAAGUAAAAAAAUUAAAUUAAUAAACUGAACCUUAAUGAGCAAGUAACUUAUUUUUAAAAAUAUUUCAAAUCCACUGUAUUUCCUGUUAUUCACUUCAGCAUGUUGUGUCAGUUUCAAAAAGUUUUAAGUUUUAAAAGUACUACAGUGUGCAAAAUGGACUAAUGAAGAAUUGCCAGUACUGAUAUUUACAUCAAUAUGAUAAUGUAUUUUAUCUUAUUUUAAUUUGAUUGACAUAGUAGAAAUGUUUUUUUAGUUGUUACCAUACUGUAAAGGCAAUCUCAUUCAGUGAGACACAAUUUCAGUAUUAACUAAUUUAACACCAAAUUUAACCAAAAAUUGUGUUUUACUAGAAUUGAUCUGUUUGAUUUUGGGAUUAUUCAGUCAUGAACAGUACUGUACCAAAUUGCAUGCCUAAUACAAAUGACCAGAGAAUCCUGAGACUGUCUUGUUUAUUAUUCAAUAAAAAGGCAUUAUUUCAUA